UGUUACGUGUGAUUUCACUUUUAAAGUUUUUGGACUUCAUUCCGCGUUCGUUUCCGGCGGACCAAUAGUUCUUGGUUGCCUAAUACACUUAAUUAGAGCAAGCUCAUUAGUUAAGCCACAGAACAAUACAUUAUAUCAUUAAAUGGUGGGCUAUAUAUAAUAGGAUUGCAUCGCUGAAAAACCAUCAGUAUAGGAACAACUGUAGUUAAACUAUCUAACUAGGAAUAUCAAGACGAGUAAAGAUUUUCUACAGUAUGCAUGCCUACGAUAAUUCACAGUCUUCAUUCAUCAACUCUAUGUACCGACCGAACUCCUCCUUGUCCACGAACACCCAACAAAGCUACAGCAGCUACAAGAACCAAACUGAAUAUCCUGUGGCUGUGAGAUUUGAUUCUCAUCCACUUCACAGCCUUUCGGCCGCUUACAAUUCUAGUGCACUCUCUUUCUAUCCUUGUGCUUCUGGCCACAGAUAUGUUCACGAUUUGAACUGUGGUUACACUGGCUCACUCCAUGGAGGAUUUGUUGCAUGUCGAAGGCCGAAAAGAAUUCGCACCGCUUUCACUCCGACACAGCUUCUCCAUCUCGAAAAUGCCUUCGAGAAAAACCACUAUAUUGUCGGAACAGAACGAAAGCAGCUCGCCUCGUAUCUUAACUUAUCCGAAACACAGAUCAAGGUUUGGUUUCAGAACCGUAGAACCAAGUGGAAGCGACAGCAAGCCGAGGAAAAGGCAUCGCAGCAAACCGCUACGAACAGUUCGGACUCCAAAGAUUGCCACGCCUCAAACUCGCAACCUCAACAACAUUCUCAAGACGCGAAAGAAAGCUCGUCAAAUCGUUCUUUAUAGUUGAACAAACUCUAAAAAAAGACUUUAAAAACUUGUAAAAUAGAUGAAAAAACUCAUCCUUAUCUCUGGGAUCGAUAGUCGACAAAUCGAUUCCCGCGUUAUAUAUACAUAUAUCUAAGAGUAUUGUUAAGAUGUUAACAAGAGAUACUGACAGGAUUUUUUUACAUUCUUUCUUGGCAUUGGCAGCUAAAUGGUUUUAUCUUAAAUGUUUUAUUUGAAUUGUGAGGAGGUUAUCAUCAAAUCUGUAUCGAAUCAAUGGGUCAAUAACUCGAGCUACUCUAACUCUUAGAUCGCCAAAGAAUCGAAUCAAAAAAAAAAAACAAAAAAACACCAAU